GGAAGAAGAGAACGGGGUUGGAGCCGUCGGGCUGAGGGAGCCGGGCCGGGAAGAGGCAGCUCGGCCCAACUAGGGACGCUCCAGCCACCCCCUGUGCAAAAAAACCUAACCGGAAUCCAGGCGCUGCCCCUCGCUGGCACCACCUUACACUUGGCGGGUGCCAGAGCCAGGCUCCCAGGACUGCUCCGGAACUGAGGGACGCCCUGGCCCCUCCGAGCUAGCCAUGGUGAGACGCCGGAGGCCCCGGGGUCCCACCCCGGGAGCCUGACCACACUGCCCUGGGGUGCCGUCCUCUAGAAGCCCGAGAUGCGGGGGGCCGGGAGGCGACACUCCUGGCUCCCCAGAGAGGCGUGGGUCUGGGGCUGAGGGCCAGGGCCCGGAUGCCCAAGUUCCGGGACUAGGGCCUCGGCAGCCAGCAGGGGUGGGGACCAGGGACACCCAGGGAAGGUCCCCCACACGCCCCAACGCCGGCUCCCAGCCAUGGAGCCCUUGAAGAACCUCUUCCUCAAGAGCCCACUGGGGUCAUGGAACAGCGGGGGCGGUGGGGGCGGUGGGGGCAGCAGCGGAGGAGGCUGGCCGGAGGGGUCCCCGAAGGCAGCGGCUUAUGCCAACCCUGUGUGGACAGCCCUGUUCGACUAUGAGCCCAGUGGGCAGGAUGAGCUGGCCCUGCGGAAGGGUGACCGUGUGGAGGUGCUGUCCCGGGAUGCAGCUAUCUCAGGCGAUGAGGGCUGGUGGGCGGGCCAGGUGGGCGGACAGGUGGGCAUCUUUCCAUCCAACUAUGUGUCUCGGGGCGGCGGCCCGCCCCCCUGCGAGGUGGCCAGCUUCCAGGAGCUGCGCCUGGAGGAGGUGAUCGGCAUUGGUGGCUUCGGCAAGGUAUACCGCGGCAGCUGGCGAGGUGAGCUGGUGGCUGUGAAGGCAGCUCGUCAGGACCCUGAUGAGGACAUCAGUGUGACAGCUGAGAGUGUGCGCCAGGAGGCCCGGCUUUUUGCCAUGCUGGCACACCCCAACAUCAUUGCCCUCAAGGCCGUGUGCCUGGAGGAGCCCAACCUGUGCCUGGUGAUGGAGUACGCGGCCGGUGGGCCCCUCAGCCGUGCCCUGGCUGGGCGGCGUGUGCCCCCCCAUGUGCUGGUCAACUGGGCCGUGCAAAUUGCCCGUGGGAUGCACUACCUGCACUGCGAGGCCCUGGUGCCUGUCAUCCACCGAGACCUCAAGUCCAACAACACUGAGCCUGGAGCACCCACAGUCCUGCCCUCCUCUUCCCCAGUUCUGCUGCUACAGCCCAUUGAGGGAGACGACAUGGAGCACAAGACCCUGAAGAUCACGGACUUUGGCCUGGCCCGCGAGUGGCACAAAACCACGCAAAUGAGUGCUGCGGGCACCUAUGCCUGGAUGGCUCCCGAGGUUAUCAAGGCCUCCACCUUCUCUAAGGGCAGCGAUGUCUGGAGCUUUGGAGUGCUGCUGUGGGAAUUGCUGACUGGGGAGGUGCCCUACCGUGGCAUCGACUGCCUUGCUGUGGCCUACGGAGUGGCAGUUAACAAACUCACAUUGCCUAUCCCAUCCACCUGCCCCGAGCCCUUCGCACAGCUUAUGGCCGACUGCUGGGCGCAGGACCCCCACCGCAGGCCCGACUUCGCUUCCAUCCUACAGCAGUUGGAGGCACUAGAGGCGCAGGUCCUGCGGGAAAUGCCGCGGGACUCCUUCCAUUCCAUGCAGGAAGGCUGGAAGCGUGAGAUCCAAGGCCUCUUCGAUGAGCUGCGGGCCAAGGAAAAGGAACUACUGAGCCGCGAGGAGGAGCUGACCCGCGCGGCGCGUGAGCAGCGGUCACAGGCGGAGCAGCUGCGGCGGCGCGAGCACCUGCUGGCCCAGUGGGAGCUCGAGGUGUUCGAGCGCGAGCUGACGCUGCUGCUGCAGCAGGUGGACCGCGAGCGGCCGCACGUGCGCCGCCGCCGCGGCACCUUCAAGCGCAGCAAGCUCCGCGCGCGCGACGGCGGCGAGCGUAUCAGCAUGCCCCUCGACUUCAAACACCGCAUCACCGUGCAAGCCUCGCCUGGCCUGGACAGGAGGAGAAACGUCUUCGAGGUCGGGGCUGGGGACUCACCCACCUUCCCCCGCUUCCGGGCCAUCCAGUUGGAGCCUGCAGAAUCAGGCCAGGCGUGGGGCCGCCAGUCCCCCCGACGUCUAGAGGACUCAAGCAAUGGAGAGCGGCGAGCGUGCUGGGCCUGGGGUCCCAGUUCCCCCAAGCCUGGGGAAGCCCAGAAUGGGAGGAGAAGGUCCCGCAUGGACGAAGCCACGUGGUACCUGGAUUCAGAUGACUCCUCCCCCUUAGGAUCUCCUUCCACACCCCCAGCACUCAACGGUAUCCCCCCGCGGCCGAGCCCGGAACCCGAGGAGCCACGGCGGCCCAGCCCCUCGGAGCGCGGCAGCAGCUCGGGGACGCCCAAGCUGAUCCAGCGCGCGCUGCUGCGCGGCACCGCCCUGCUCGCCUCGCUCGGCCUGGGCCGCGACCUGCAGCCGCCGGGGGGCCCGGGCCGCGAGCGCGGGGAGCCGCCGCCAACGCCCCCCACGCCGCUGUCCACGCCGUGCGCAGCCGAGCCGCCCCCGUCCCCGCUCAUCCGCUUCUCCCCCAAGACGCCCGACGCCCCCGCCUCCCCGCUGAGCCCCGACGCCCCCGGCCCGCCCACGCCCGCGCCCCUGCUGCUCGAGCUGGCUGUCCCCGCGGGCCAGCCAUCCGCCAAGAGCCCCCGGCGCGAGGAGAGGCGCGGAAGCACUGUCUCGCCCCCACCAGGGAUAUCUCGCUCUGCUCCUGGCACCCCAGGCACCCCACGCUCACCGCCCCUGGGCCUCAUCAGCCGACCUCGGCCCUCACCCCUUCGCAGCCGCAUCGACCCGUGGAGCUUCGUGUCAGCUGGGCCACGGCCUUCGCCCCUGCCCUCGCCACAGCCUACGCCCCGCCGGGCGCCCUGGACCUUGUUCCCAGACUCGGACCCUUUCUGGGACUCUCCACCUGCCAACCCCUUCCGGGGGGGCCCUCAGGACUGCAGGGCACAGACCAAAGACAUGGGUGCCCAGGCCCCAUGGGCACCGGAGGCAGGGCCCUGAGUGGGCCAGGCUGCUCCCCCACGCUCCUGCUGCCCUGAAGGAGCCACAGCAUACACUGGAACAGGAGCCGGGCACAUCUCUGUAGUUGCCUUGGUUUCCCCCAGGGACCGCCCUCUUUGGGGAUCAGGAACACUACACUGCACAGGAACCCUUCACACUGGAUGGGGGCCUGCACCCCCCACACACCUGCAACCUGUGGGUCCCCCGACUUACCUGCCCCACUGGGGCCCGACACUGUACCCAGCUGGUUGGGAGGACCAGAGCCUGUCUCAGGGAAUUGCCCCCAGGGGUGGUGCAGGGAGGAGGGGAGGUGCAGGGGAGAGGGGCCGGCCUCAGCUGUCACCAGCACUUUUGACCAAGUCCUGCUACUGUGGCCCCUGCCCCAAGGUUCAGUGCCUGGACCCCCCCCUGCCCUGGGGGUCAUCUGGGGCCAGGGGUCUCUGGGUGCCUUCCUGCUGCCCCGGCCAGGGUUGGGGCCUCGGCCUCGGGAUCCAAUGAAGCCAAAUAAACUCCCCAAGCUGUCUCCCCAA